UCAUCCAAAACAAAGCAUAAGAAAAAAAUUAGUGAAAGCUUUAAAACGAGAGAGAGAGAGAGAUAUAUAUAGAAAUGGCAACUUCGGGAACAUACGUAACGGAGGUUCCAUUGAAAGGAUCGGCUGAGAAACACUACAAGAGGUGGAAGACCGAGAACCAUGUCUUCCCUGACGCCAUCGGCCACCACAUCCAAAACGUCACCGUUCACGAAGGUGAACAUGACUCCCACGGCUCUAUCAGGAGUUGGAACUACACUUGGGAUGGAAAGGAGGAGAUGUUCAAGGAGAAGAGAGAGAUAGAUGACGAGACUAAAACGUUAACGUUAAGAGGAUUGGACGGUCACGUGAUGGAGCAGCUCAAAGUGUAUGACGUCAUCUACCAAUUUAUUCAAAAAUCUGACGAUACCUGCGUAGGCAAGAUCACUUUAAUAUGGGAGAAGCGCAAUGAUGACUCUCCAGAACCAAGCGGCUACAUGAAAUUUGUCAAGAGCUUGGUUGCUGACAUGGAUAACCACGUAAUCAAUACUUAAUUAUCGCCACCAAAGUCACAGUCAUCAUCAUCAUCAUCAUCAUCAUCAUCAUCAUCAUCAUCAUCAUCAUCAUCAUCAUCAUCAUCGUCAUCAUCAUCAUCAUCAUCAUCAUCAUCAUCAUCAUCAUCAUCAUCAUCAUCAUCAUCAUCAUCAUCAUCAUCAUCAUCAUCAUCUUGAUUUAUGAAUUAAGGUGCUUUUUCAGUAUAAUAAAUGGGUAUUGUGGAGUUUCAUUUCUAUGUGUACGUUUGGUUCUGUAUGAUGCUUUAAUAUGUUGUUGUGCUCAUCAUAUAUCGGGUUCGAUAUAAUGAUUGUCAAGAAUAAAAUUAUCACAUGUUUCAAUG